AGGUGAAUCCGGGUGCUGAAGUGAUUGGGGACUUUCAUCCUUCACAUAUUCACGCAUCGGCUCCUACCUUAUAACAGCUUCCCCGCCCCUCCUUGUUUCCCUUCCCCUCGGCGACUUGUUAACCUUUGCCGGGGCGGAGACCCUCACCAGUCUACAUCAUGACGCAGAUCCCUGCGGGCAAGUCUACCGGAGGCGUUCUCCAGAUCCCCGUGGCUGCAACUCAGAAGAACACCUCUGCGACACCGAAGAAAGCUGCGAAGCCAGCGGCCCCUCGGUUAAAACUCGUCGUCAGGCGUCUCCCACCCGGAUUGACACAGGCGGAAUUUGAGACAGCGCUGGGUCCGGAAUGGAAGAUUGGGGGUGGAAAGGUCGACUGGUUCCAAUACAAGCCGGGCAAGGUCUCCAAAGAUCCAGCCAAACCUUCCCGACCCUCACGUGCCUAUAUCCAUGUCAUGUCCAGCGAUCACAGCAUCCCCCUCUCGAACAAGGUCCGUCAAACGCCUUUUUUGGACGCCCGGAAUACCUCCAACGACCCCGUGCUUCUGGGACCCCCUUCUUUGGAAUUUGCGCCUUAUGCCAAGAUCGCCGGAAGUCGUUCGCGCAAAGAUGCUCGUCAGGGAACCAUCGACCAGGACCCCGAGUUUAUCGCCUUCCUCGAGAGCCUCACCCAGCCAAUCGCCAAGCCAGCCACUGUUGAAUCUGCUGCGGAUGGCGAGGAUAAGAAGGAGACAGUGACUGUCACACCAUUGGUACAAUACAUCAAGGAGAAGAAAGCCAACAAGGCCAAGGAGUCCAGCAAAUCUUCCAAGCACAAGUCCGACAAAGACUCAAAGGCGGAGAAGGUGCAGGCCAAGAAGCUGCUACAACGGCCUGAUAAGGAGGCAAAUCAGCCCGCCGCUACAGAGAAGCCAGAGAGGAAAUCCAAGUCGGACAAGGCUACCAAGGAGGCUGUGAAAUCGGCAAGCAAGCAGGCCGCCAAUGUCGCAGCCAAGCAAGCCGCAAAGUCGUCUCCGGCUCAGAACUCCCCCAAGGAUACGCCCCCACCAGCAACGGAGCGGAAACGAGAGCGCGGGAGUGUGGCCGCUGCCGCCAAAAUCCUCCAGCGCGACCUCGGGCUUGCUCCGUCUGGUCGCCGAAAAGGUGGCAAAGCGGCUGCCACGGAUGGAGAUGCCUCGAAGUCUGAUCAAAGCGGCACUGCAACCCCGGAUACAGGCAAGAAGGAUACGCCUUCCAGACCACCCAAGGGGGCAUCGACGCAGAAUAAAGCCAAAGGCAACAACACACAACAACCUAGUGAGCCAUCCGAAGCAAAUACCCCUCCGACCAGCACUACACCUAAACCCGCCAAACCCGCCAAGGGAAAGCAAGCAUCGGCCGGACCGACAGCUACCGCUACCCAAGCCUUCCUCAAGCACGCAAACCCAUCUCAGGGAGUUACCGAACCACUACUAGAAACAGCAUUCGCGCCAUUCGGCAAGAUCGUGAAAGUGGAGAUUGACAAGAAGAAAGGGUUCGGUUACAUUGACUUUGCAGAGCCAGACGGGCUUCAAAAAGCCAUUGCUGCGAGCCCUGUCUCGGUCGCCCAGAGUCAGGUUGUCGUACUGGAGCGGAAAGCCAACCCCGGUGGAGAAAAAGGCCGCGGCAAAGGGCGUGGUGAGGCGCAAUCGUCUGCUGGAGGAGGAGGCGGCGGCGGCGGCGGCGGCGGCGGCAACAAUCGGGGCAGCAAGUCCAACGAAGGAGGGGGUUCUGGAGGCAACUCAUCCCGAGGGCCUCGCGGUGGACGAGGGUCCAAGAGCAAGGGCGGCCCCAAGGGAGGCGGAGGAGGAAACAGUGGAGGAAAUGCUGGAAAUACCAAUAGCAAUCCGCCGGAGAGCAAGGGAAAUUCGGAUAGUAGAUGAGCCGUUACGAAUCAUGUAUCCCACGAUAAUACCAAACAACCCCCAAUUAUACCAGUGCUGC